UGGCAGUAGUGCAACAUUAAGGCUGCAAGCUACCGUUAAAACCCCCACGAAGAAGAAGAUGAAGAACCUGUAGCAAAGUAGCUGUUCUCCUUAAUACAUCCAUGAAAGUAGUUAGCAAAGCUAACACUGGAGAGCUAACAUCGCUUCACCCAACACGACAUGCACGUCGUUAACAGCUAAAGUCUAGCACGGCUAUAACUUCACCCAGUGAAAGCACAGGCUGUUGUGAUGUCGGAGCCUAAGCCCCCAACUCCAACCCCUGGAGACACAUACAAGGGUUGGCUCUUUAAAUGGACUAACUACAUUAAAGGUUACCAGAGACGCUGGUUUGUUCUGAGCAAUGGACUGCUUUCUUACUACAGGACCCAGGCAGAGAUGGGUCACACAUGCAGAGGCACUAUCAACUUGGCCACAGCCAAUAUUGCUGUGGAAGACUCGUGCAAUUUUGUAAUUUCUAACGGAGGUGCGCAGACCUACCACUUGAAGGCCAGCUCAGAAGUAGAGCGCCAGCGAUGGAUCACGGCUCUGGAGCUCGCCAAAGCAAAGGCUGUCCACAUGCAGGCUGAGUCUGAUGACUCGGGUGACGAUUGUCCUGCAGCGCCCCCCAGCUCAGGACAGGGUGGAGGCUGUCGUAACUUAGAAAUCCAAUCUACACUACGCACACUGGGCAGCAAGGUGGAGGACCUCAACACCUGCAAUGAUCUCAUUGUCAAGCACGGGUCUGCCCUCCAAAGGUCUUUGUCAGAACUGGAGGGGAUUCGUGUCGGAGUGGAAAUGGGAGACAAGAUGAGACAAGUUACAGAGAGAGCCACACUGUUCAGAAUCACCUCUAAUGCCAUGAUUAAUGCGUGUAGAGACUUCCUCUCCCUGGCCCAGAACCACAGUAAGCGCUGGCAGAAGGCCUUACAGGGUGAACGAGACCAGAGGAUACGGCUGGAGGAGACUCUGGAGCAGCUGGCCAAACAGCACAACCAUUUGGAAAGAGCUUUCAGAGGAGCCACAGUUCUCCCCUCUUCAUUUAGCAAUCCCGCCUUAGGUAACAAAGGUGGUGUUUCAGGAAAAGGGGACGCCAGUGACGAGGAUGAUGACAAUGAGUUCUUUGAUGCUAUGGAAGACCCAGCAGAAUUUAUUACUGUCCCCGCUGACCCUAAGUAUCACAGAAGAUCUGGAAGCAACAUUAGUGGGCUCAGCAAUGAGACUGGAAUGGACGAUCAGUCGGUAAAUUUUGAUGAACUAUCAUUGGCAUCCAACUCAGAGUCUCCACAGCCCGUUGAGCUACAGUCAGUUAGACAAAGACGGACCCGUAUCCCUGACAAGCCCAACUAUUACCUCAAUCUGUGGAGCAUCAUGAAGAAUUGUAUUGGAAAGGAGCUCUCAAAGAUACCGAUGCCUGUGAAUUUCAACGAGCCUCUCUCAAUGCUGCAACGUCUAUCUGAAGACCUGGAGUACUACGAGCUGCUGGAUAAGGCUUCUAAAUGUCAGAGCUCUCUGGAGCAGAUGUGUUAUGUGGCCGCUUUCACCGUCUCCUCCUACUCCACCACUGUCCACCGCACAGGAAAACCCUUCAAUCCUCUGCUGGGAGAAACCUUUGAGCUUGAUCGGCUACGAGAUUGCGGCUACCGCUCCCUCUGUGAACAGGUGAGUCACCACCCACCUGCCGCAGCUCACCAUGCCCUCUCUGAAAAGGGCUGGACCCUCAGACAAGAAAUUACCCUAGCCAGCAAGUUUAGAGGAAAAUAUCUCUCUAUUAUGCCUUUAGGUUCUAUCCAGUGUUUGUUUGACAAGAGCAACAAUCACUACUCCUGGAAGAAAGUGACUACAACAGUACACAACAUCAUCGUUGGAAAGUUAUGGAUUGACCAGUCAGGGGAGAUAGAUGUGGUCAACCACAAGACAGGAGAUCGCUGCCACCUCAAGUUUGCUCCCUACAGUUACUUCUCCAGAGAUGUGCCAAGAAAGGUAACGGGAGUAGUAACGGAUAAGGAUGGGAAGGCCCAUUACGUGCUUUCAGGAACCUGGGAUGAGAAGAUGGAGUUCUCCAGGAUAAUGCAGAGCAGUAAAGGCGAGAACGGCACUGAAGGCAAACAGAGGACGGUCUAUCAGACCCUCAAAGCCAAAGAAAUCUGGAAAAAGAACCCUUUACCAGAUGGAGCAGAGAACAUGUACUUCUUCUCCUCACUGGCCUUGACGCUCAAUGAACUUGAAGAGGGAGUGGCGCCAACAGACAGUCGACGACGCCCUGACCAGAGGUUAAUGGAGGACGGCCGUUGGGACGAGGCUAACGCAGAGAAACAGAGGCUAGAAGAGAAACAGCGCAUCGUCCGCCGAGAAAGGGAGAGGGAGGCUGUUAAAGCAGCCAGCUCUCCUGAGGAAGGCGCACAUCCCGACAACUACCAAGCAAUGUGGUUCGAGAAGUUGGACGACCCCGCUUCCGGAGAGACCUUGCAUGUCUACAAGGGCGGUUACUGGGAGGCGAAAGACCAAGGCGGCUGGGACGUGUGCCCUGAAAUCUUCUGAUCCGGCCUCUGUGGUGAACAAACCUUGCAUCAUCUUAAGUGGAAAAUCAAGCCUGACAUCAACCUAUCUUCAACUUCUGUAGCUUCAACUGAUCACCCUUCUCCAGCAGUGAUUUGCUCAGGGCUGAGGGCAUCUGAACGUCACCCCGAACGUAGAUACAAUGCACAUUGUAGCAUUGUUGUAACAUUGCAGAUGCUUAGUGUUCAGAAUUCCCUCUCACUGCCUCUCAAACACUGAUGUGUAUCUCUGUUGGUCUACUGUUUGUUCUCAGUCCAGUUUUCUUUGGUACAGCCUUUUGAGUUGCAUUUGGCAGCAGGAUAUUUGGGUAAUGCUGUUAUGCAUUUCCUUUUAUAAAAAAAAAAAAAAAAAAAAGCCCUGCAGUCAAAGGCAUAAUUCAUUCAGAUGACAUUUUACGAUAUACAAGGUUUGCUUAGGGAGAGUGAGCUGCUACCUAACAUGUAACUUAUGUCUUUGUAUUUGUCGUACACUCCUGAUUAUGACUACUUUUGCAAUUAAUUUGUUGCAGCGUCCCCAGCACAGCGCCACUGUGAUUCAAAGUUUAAUCAUACCCAAUGUGUUUUAUUAGUUCACACAGUAAAUAUUGACUCUACCAGUUUCAGACCACAUCAGAUGCAUAGAUGCAUAGUGCAGUUAGGAAGUGUCACAAACACCAAGACAUCAUACAGAGUUUGCCUUUGAAUUUAUAGUAAUUUGCGGUGCUACUUUAUUCCCUGAGGUGAAACAACUCCCAAGGUAUUUAAUAUCUACAUAUGAGCCUUUUUUUUUUUUUUUGCACUCAACUAAUACAUUUCAAAAUAUGUAUGAUAUUUCUUUUUUCUGAUAUCCCUUAAACCCCCUUGUAAAAAACAUGGUAGCGGCGAAGACACGUGAAAGUCAUUCAUUAUAAUUAUUCCACUCAUAUUUUGGCCCGGCUAAUUCUGCUUUGGUCAUUUCUUUAGAAUAAUUGUGGGUCUACAUUCGUCAUUUCAUAUAUAAGCAGUUUUUAAAACCUUUUUCAUUAUACAGGAAUAAAAUGAAAGGUUCUUUUCUAUCCAUUUUUUUUUUUAAUGAGGAAGAAUAAUGACCUUUCUGUGUGUAGCACAUUAAGUUUAAUAGAAUAUAUGUUCUUUGUUUAAUAUGAUACCAUAUUGACUACUAUGUACAAGUACCAAUGAAAAUAUGAAGUAUAAAAGUACAAAUGGCACCAUGGGGGGGGGGGGGGGGAACGUUCAGAACUCUCUUUUUGUUUGUUUUUCCUGUAUAUUUUUACAUUUGAAAGAAUAACUUAAGACUAAAUCUUUUGAGUUCCUAAAUUACACGUACAGACUCCUAUUCUAUAGUCCUUAUUCCAACAGAAGUUAUUUUAAUUUUUUUACAGAGAAAAUCCUUUAAUUCUGUCAUAGAUCCCCAAAAACCUGUGAAAAAUCCAACGUGUUUUGUGAGACACUAUGCCCCCAAACUACAACGUCACAAUCCCCCGACGUAUAAGAUGGGCAGCGGAUACAUCUUUUCAAUUUGUUAAAGCAUGCGUGAGCUAAAACUGAGGUUAUGUGGCUAUUGAAAGAGUGUAGUUGAGCAGAAGAGCCUCGUAAAAUUGAAUCCUAUUGUGUAUGAGAUUGACUCUAAUCCUUAUGUGUAACAUGAAGUUAUUUUGAUUCUCACACACAUCGUACACUUAUUUUCAUACCUAAAUGUUGUGCCCUCACUAAUGUUAAUACUUGGAUUAACUAUUUAAAUUGUGCUUUCAAAGUAAAUGUUGAUGCUCCCCACUUGAACAGAGAUUCAUUAAGAGCAGCAGAGCUGAGCUGUGUGCGGGUGUCUUCUGGCUUGAUGAAUAGAGAAGUGAAGGGAAAUGUGAGGCAAGUGUUUUUGUCUUCCUGGGUUUCCUUCAAAACGUAUUAAUCAUAGCUUUAAUCUUGAUGUAGGUUGUGUUUGUCGUUGUGUGGUGUGAGUGUAGUUUUUUAACAGACAGCAAUAAGAGUGCCUCAGUGCAUAUACAUGUGGCACAACAUGAAAUGUGUGAAGUGAGAUCACUGAAACUGCAAAAACUGAAUUCUGUCAUUGUGUUUGUCUCUGUCAUUUGUCACGAGUGGAAGGAUUGUGUGGUUGAUGAAAAAUCUAAAUUUCAUUUUAUAUUCAAGUGUACUUAAAAAGGAGAACACUGAAAAUGAAGAUGACAAAACAUAAUGUUGAAAAAUAUUUCUGUGUAAAUAUAUGAAAUGGUAAAGUAAUUGUGAUAUUAACUGGUUAUAUUGAUAGAGAAUCUAAUGGCGGUGAUGCACUUUUGCUUUUCUUUAUCUUCUUUUUCAUUGUUUUCACUCAGAACUGGAUGCAUUUUCAAUGUGUGAGCUGAGCGUACCGUGUUAUGAAUCACCCUCUACAGCUUUAUUUUAAAUGAUAUAAAUUUGUUUUGGUGUGAACCAUCCCUUGGUAUGAUUUAAUGUUGCUUAAUGCAUCAUUCAAACACAUGAUGAAGAGUGUGUGAGGAAUGUACAGCUUGGUGUUACUCUUAAGUCUCCUAAAUUACAGAUUUCUUGUCUUGUCUUUUUCAACAUAUAUAUAAUCUUGUUUUUUAGCCAAGGCUCUUAACCCCAUCAUGUCGUGUGUUUUUAACCUUUAACCUUUCUUAAGUUUCUACCUUUUUCGUCCUAUUCAUUGUUUCCAGCUAAGAUUGUUUUUGCCUAGCAUGGUGGAGAUUGUCACGAUGCCAUAACAUCCCACAAUUCUCACAAAUGGACUCAAGCUGUUCCUGCACUUACGUACAGUACAUUAUUUAUCAUGCCCUACGUGAUUCGACAAUUUGAUGUUGAGUUUGUCAUUUUGUGAGUUUGUUUUGAAAAGUUUUCCGUCAACCAUAUUGCAAACUUAUGUAAAUUGGUUAAAAUAUACAAAUGUAUUCACUCACUGUUCUGAGCAUACCUUUCACCUUGAAUGCAGUUUUUUUUUCUUUGCAGGAUUGUGUUAGAGGUUGCCAAUAUUAAAGUGAAUGGAAAUGGAGUGUU